AUGGCUUUAAGUGCAGUCUUAUUGAGGAGGGAAGAAAAAGUGGAUAAACCAGUGUACUACGUCAGUAAAGUUCUUCAAGGUGCUGAAUCUCGAUACCCUUUUGCUGAAAGGGUAGCAUUAGCACUUGUAAUGGCUUCCAGAAAGUUAAGACCCUACUUUCAAGCUCAUCCUAUAGUGGUCUUAACAGAUCAACCUUUACGUCAAAUAUUUCAAAGACCAGAAUAUUCUGGAAGACUAACAAAGUGGGCGAUUGAACAAGGAGAGUAUGAUAUUUGUUUUGAACCUAGACAAGCAAUCAAAGGUCAUGCUUUAGCUGAUUUCAUAGUAGAAUGCACCGGAGAUGAGGAGCUGAACAAAGCAGAUAAAUACAUAUGGAAGAUGUUUGUGGACGGAGCAUCAAGUUCAUCAUGGAACGGAGCUGGGGUAGUUCUGAUCUCUCCUGAAGGAGAUAUACUAGAGUAUUCAUUACGUUUUGCCUAUUUAAGCUCAAACAAUACUGCAGAAUAUGAAGCACUUAUAGCUGGAAUGAGCUUAGCCAAGCAACUACAAGUGAAAAGAUUGAUAGCACAUAGUGAUUCACAACUAGUAGUUCAGCAGUUUCUAGGAGAAUAUGAAGUAAAAGAACUAAUCAUACGCCAAUACCUUCACAAGGUUAAAACCUUGUCUAAGGAGUUUGAAGAAUUUCAAUUAUUACAAGUUAAUAGGAAUUCAAAUAGUCAUGCAGAUGCUUUGUCCAAAUUGGCCUCAUCGAUGGAAACAAAGGGAAGGAUUGUACAUCUUGAAGAACUUCAAAGGCCAAGUAUUGAAGAGAAGAACAUAGCAAACAUCGAAGAUGGGAAUGAUUGGAGAAUACCCUUUAAGAAAUUCUUAACAGAUGGGGAGCUACCUUCGAACACACUAGAAGCCAAAAAAUUAAAGAUGAGAGCAGCUCGUUUCACGUUGAUAAAUGAUGUGCUCUAUAAGAAGGUGUUUUCCAUGCCACUUUUAAGGUGCCUCCAUAAACAAGAUGCAGAAUAUGCGUUAGCAGAAGUCCAUGAAGGGAUAUGUGGACAACAUAUGGGUGCCAGAGCCUUAGCAGCCAAAGUCUUGCGUGCAGGAUUUUAUUGGCCUACCCUGAGAGAUGAUGCCUCAAAGAAGGUAAAGAAGUAUGACAAAUGCCAAAGGUUUGCACCUAUCCAAAAAGUUCCUACCUCAAUGUUCAAAAGUGAUAUUGAACCAACCCCAUUUGCUAAAUGGGGAUUAGAUCUCUUGGGACCUUUUCCCCAAGCAACUGGAGGAAGAAAAUUCUUAAUGGUGGCAACUGAUUAUUUUAUCAAAUGGGUAGAAGCAGAACCAUUGGCAACAAUAACCAGUAAAAAGAUAGAAAGCAUGGUUUGGAAAGACAUCAUCUAUCGAUUUGGACUUCCCAGAAUAUUAAUCGCAGAUCGAGGAAAGCAAUUUGAUUGUGACUCAUAUAAAGACUUUUGUGAAAGGCUCCAUAUCCAGCUUAGCUUUGCUUCUGUGGCAUACCCCCAAGCUAAUGGACAGGCAGAAAGAAGCAAUCAAACUAUCUUGGAAGGUCUAAAAAUGCGUUUAGAUAAGGCGAAAGGAGUAUGGGCAGAAGAGCUUCCGUCAAUCCUUUGGGCGUAUAGGACAACAAGUAAGGUCUCAACAGGAGAAACACCUUUCAACCUUACUUACAUAACAUAA